AUGUUGCCUCGUCAAGAUGGCUGGCGCACGCCUUUUGUGGACGACCAGGGUCGUCGUGCUAGCCAGCAGGAUGGGACGGAUUAUCCUUUCCCGCAAAACGCGGAUGCGAGUGUGUCAGGAACAAACGACGACGACAGGAACCGCGACAAGGAUGAAGACCCCGGCGAAGAGAAGCCCAAGAACCUCACCUGGAAGCAGCGGAUGAAGCAUGUGACGUGGGCUUGGUUCACGCUUACUAUGGCGACGGGCGGCAUCGCCAAUGUACUGCAUACUGUUCCCUACCGCUUUACUGGUCUCCACACUCUCGGCGUCAUCGUGAUGCUCCUCAACAUCGUGCUCUACAUUAUUAUCUGGGCCAUGAUCAUCACGCGCUUCACUUUCUACCCAUGGACAUUCCGCUCGAGCUUCACCCACCCGACCGAAUCUCUCUUUGUUCCAGCCUUUGCCGUCUCGUUCGGCACCAUCCUCAUCAACAUCGUGCAAUACGGGUCCGGGAGCGUGGGGCCAUGGCUGAACCGCGUCGUCGUGAUCCUCUAUUGGUUCGACUGCGGCUUGGCCAUGACCCUCAGCAUCACCAUCUACCUCGUCCUGUGGUCCACCACGACCUUCACCAUCGCAAGGAUGACUCCGAUCUGGAUCUUUCCGGCUUACCCAUUGCUCAUCAUCGGCCCGCACGCCGCCUACCUCUGCACAAAAGCACUCGACUCCAACCAAGCCAUCCGGAUCCUUGUCGGCGGCGUCACCAUCCAGGGCAUCGGAUUCCUCGUCUCCCUUAGCAUCUACUCGGCCUUUGUGUACCGGCUCAUGACGCAGAAACUGCCCGCCGAGCCCCUCCGGCCGGGUAUGUUCGUCUCGGUCGGCCCCUCGGCUUUCACGGUCAGCGGCAUAAUCGGCAUGGCCAAAGACCUGCCCCGAGUGAUUGCCUCUUCGCCUAACGCCACGUUCAUGGACGUGCCCGGCGUGCUCGCCGCUCAGAUUCUUCGCCUUGUCGCCAACUGGACGUGUCUCUGGCUGUGGGGCAUCGCGUGGUGGUUCUUCUUCGUCAGUCUACUCUCUAACAUGGCGUGUCUGCGAGGAAACCACCACAUGCCCUUUGCCAUGACGUGGUUCAGCUUCAUUUUCCCCCAGACGGCACUCACGACCGCGACAUUUGCCAUUGCCGAAGCCUUCGACGUGGGCGCGAUUCGCAUCGUCGGCUGCGUCAUGACGGUGAUUCUCAUUUUGGUUUGGUUUCUCGUGGUCGCUUGUAUGAUCCGGGCGAUUAUCAACAAACAGAUCCUUUGGCCGGAAAAGGGCGAGGACAAGAGCGAGGGCGGGUUCAAGGCAAGGCCUGACGAUUCGAGUGGCGGUUCUGCGGUGCGAAACAAGCAGGACGCGCACGCCAUGGCGGACGGCAAGUCGCCCCGUCGGGGUAGGAGAAGCGGUGAUGAGGGUCAGAGAUCGUCAGUAGGGGAUGCUGCCACGCGGAAUGUUUGA